UUAAGAGGGAAGCUUUCUUUCAACUCUGAGAUUCGUUCCCUUGUUAUUUUAUUUAUUUAUUUAUUUUGAAUCCCUCUUUUCGGUUUUCAAUUUAAGUAUUUUUGUUUCCAUUUCUAUUUUCUCAGUUUCUCUCUGUCUCACUCUUUCACCGCAGCUGCCUCGGGGUUUUAUCAUGAAGAGCGAGAUGAUUCAUUGCUUUCAUGUUACUUGGAGUUUCAAGUUUUGUUACUAUCUUUAGUGGAGCUUUUGAUACUUCUUUAACUGAGGAUGUGAGAUUUGAGGGGUAACAAUUUUUGUAAAGUUAGGAGUUGUUUUAGGAUUUAGGACUUAGAAUUUCGUCUGAAGGUGCAUAAGCAUAACAACCACCAUGAUGAAGGCGCAGGCACAUGUCAGAGGAAAAGGUCCCUCUAAGGUCAAUAGCCAACAGGUUGUUUUUGAGCUAAAACAGAAGGUCAAUCUUGCACUGAUUAAGUUAGCAGAUAGAGAUACUUAUCAAAUAGGGGUUGAUGAGCUUGACAAAACAGCUGAAUGUUUAACCCCAGAUAAGAUUUCCCCAUUCUUGUCUUGUAUAUUGGACACUGAUUCAGAACAGAAAAGUGCAGUUCGAAAGGAAUGCAUCAGGUUGAUGGGUACUUUAGCUAGAUUUCAUGAGGGCCUUGUCGGUCCAUAUCUAGGUAAGAUGGUCACUAGCAUUGUUAAGAGGCUCAAGGACCCAGAUACCAUUGUGAGGGAUUCUUGUGUUGAAACAAUGGGUGUUUUGGCAUCAAAAUUAAGUAAUUGCGAAGAUGACAGUAAUGGGGUUUUUGUUGUGUUGGUGAAGCCACUUUUUGAAGCUCUUGGUGAGCAAUAUAAGCAGGUACAAUCAGGUGCAGCUCUGUGUCUUGCAAGCAUCAUUGAUAACAUCCAUGAUCCUCCAUCAUCAAUUUUGCAACGGAUGUUGACUCGCACAAUAAAGCUGCUCAAGAAUCCACACUUCAUGGCAAAACCAGCAGUAAUUGAGUUAAACAGAAGUAUUAUUCAGGCAGGGGGUGCCACAACACUUGGUGUUCUGGCUGCAGCAAUUGCUAGCAUCCAAGAAGCUCUUAAAAAUAAUGACUGGACAACACGGAAAGCUGCUUCUGUAGCUUUAGGAGAAAUUGCUUCAAGUGGUGCAUCUUUUCUAGAAUCAUUCAAGGCAUCCUGUAUUCGUUCCCUUGAAUCGUGUCGUUUUGACAAGGUGAAACCAGUCAGGGAAACAGUACUGCUGGCCCUACAGUACUGGAGAAGUCUUCCAGGGCCUGAUACUCCUGAACCUUCUGAAACUGGAUCUUCCAUAAAAGAAAAUUCUUAUGCCGGUGAUUAUAGUGAUCUCACCAGCAAUGGUGACUCUGGAUGGAAGAAUGUCACACGAAAGAAAGCCGUUAUGAACUCAGCUAUUGGAAGGAAACCUUUGUCUGCUAGAAAAACAUCGAGAAAUUAUGUGGAAGAUCCUCAAAAUUCUAAAGAAGAUGAUUGGCACUUUGAAAUUGCUAUUCCAAAAACCCAUGGUGUUUCUUUGGCAGAUCCUCACGAUGAAGAAUCUGAAGGUAGUUCUGUCACCAAGACAUUAGAAAGAAUGGCAACUGUUACAAGCAUACACGAUAUUGGUUAUGAGUUUGUUCCAAUGGAUGACAAACAAGAAUGUUCAUCUGUCUCCAACCUUGUUACUGACUUCCAGACAAACACUGUGGCUGUUUCUCCUGAUCAUCUGGAGAAGGGAAGUUCUCAGAAGCCCAUGGUAAGAAAUCAGAGGUUUGCAUCUGAAGAGAUUACUCAUGAGGAUGAAGAAGUAUACUCUACAAAGUUGCAUGAUAGGAGAAGUCUUGAUUCUACAGUAACGGAGUCUAGUUGUGCAAAUGGAUGUUGCUCACAGGUGGCAAAUGAAAUGGUUUGCAUUAGAAAACAACUAAUGGAGAUUGAAAACAAGCAAUCAAACCUAGUGGAUCUUCUCCAGGAGUUUUCAAGGGGAAUAAUGGAUAGCUUGUCAAUGCUACAGUCAAAGGUGUUAAGUUUGGAGCAUGUUGUGGAAGGAAUAGCUCAAGACCUUGUGCAUGGUGGAAGGUAUUCUGAUCUGUUAGGCUCCAAGCUCAUGAAGCAAAGCCAAGGUGUUUCUCCCAGACUCUCUACGUCCACUCCUAGGCCCUCAGUAGAUAUUCGUAACAGACAGCAUUCUUUGCUUUCCGUAAAAAGUUCUGAUAUUUGGGAAGAAAAAAUGCUUAGUAGGAGCAACUUUAGCAAUUCCACUAAACAGAGUAAGAAUGUGUGGACUAAUCAAGCUGUGAAGGUUGGUAGAAAUCCUCUAGAAAAGGAAGUUCAGAAGAGCUCUGGACGGGGAACUCAAACCAUGGGCCAUGUAAGGAAAAAUGAAGCUGCCCCUGCUUCUGCGUGUGUCCCACUCUCAAGUACAAACAGCAGCAGACAAAAUAGGCCAGGCAACAAAAAUGGCCUGUGGCAAAAUGUGAAAGGUUUUUUAUGUGAAGGGGACCUAGACUCUGCAUAUACAGAAGCUCUUUCUUCUAGUAAUGAACUUGUUCUGAUUGAGCUUCUUGAUAGAACUGGUCCUGUUAUAGAAAGUUUAUCCCACAAGACCAUCUGUGAUAUUCUCAGUACAUUGGCAUCAUACCUCCUUGAGCAGAGAUUUAUGAACUCUAUAAUUCCUUGGUUGCAGCAGGCAAGUUACCCAAUCUCUUUUAGCAUUUGCAACCUCUAUAAAACCUACUCAUUUCAGGUGGUUGAAUUGAGCACAGCCCAUGGAUCAAAUCACCUUAUUCUCCCACCAAAUGCAAGAAGAGAAUUGUUAUCUGCAAUUCAAGAGGCUAUGAACAUGGAAUUUUCUAACCCUGCAGAAGGAAGAUCAGUCACUCAACUGGCAAUGAAGUUACACCAAGUAUGGGGAAAAUGCUCCUGAUCAUCAUAAGGUGAAAAGCGUGUCUCCAAUGCAGCAAAUACGAGAUUAAUGCACUUAUAAAACCAAUUGAAGAGCAAAAUUGUGAUGCCUUCAAUCCCACAUCAGGGAGAAAGUGUGAUUGUGAAUUGUAUACCAUAGGCCAUUUCAAUAGUGGCACUUCAAAGGAGCAUGGUUAUUAAUCCGAACUCUUUUAUGAACUCGUCUUUGUAAUUUCUUUCUUUUUCUAGGUAUCUCGUCUUUUCUAAUGACUUGAAUGUUCGUGCCGACUUAGUGCUGUUGACAGAAUUCCAUCCUUUGCAUCCAGUAUCACAUUUUGAGCUUGUUGAGAUGAGGAUGAAGUUUCCUGCUUGAGUAUUACCAUGUUUCAUUACAUUUUAGUUUAAGCUUGAAUGAGUAUUCUUAUA